GUGACAUUAUUCACCAAUGACUAUCACGGUCACGCUAACAACCCUCGUAUUUAUGCCACGAUCUGUUUCGCUUGUUAUAACCUUUAAAGUCCUUGUGCUUACAUUUCUAUAAGGCCCUUUUUCAUACGGUCAUUAAGCAUGUGUACAGCGCAGCGGAUUUACUGUGUGCCGUCCUCCCAUACAAAAACUGGGGCAUUUUCCUCUAAGUCAGUCUUAAAUAUUGGAAGGAGAUGGUAAACGGUUCAAGUUCAGUCCCCUCUCCUAAAAAGUGUUUUUAAUCUUACUGAGAGCUGCGAAAACAACGCCAACAACCUUUACUUUGCCAUGUUUUCAGAUAUGCUAAUUCUUGCUUCCCAGUCCUCGGGUGAUGGCACUGAGCACACAGACAGCCGUACGUCAGCUGCCUAGCUCAGCGGCAACAGUUGCACGCAGGAAUACGGUCAUGGUGGGGAAAGCUCGUUGAAUGGUAGCAUGGGCUUGGUAGUCCGUGGGCAGGUGCUAACUGACCGUCUACCUGCACGUUUUGUCAGAUGUGGGCAGUGUCAGAAAUGUGCAGCGCAACCAGUUACCGUGAAGAAGAUCCAAGUUCUAACCAAUGACCUAACAGCUCCCCCAAAUGAAGCCAAAAGGUCUCUAUCGCCCCCUGGUGUCUGGCUACAGUAUAGGUCACAAACCCCGCCUCCUCCAUUUUAGAAGGUGGGACUGAGGUAAAACAAAAACAAAAAUUCUCCUCAGAUAAUUUUUUCCAAGAAUUUGCUUUCGGCCAUUAUUAGUAGUUCGCGUCAUGUUGAUUCAUGUUCAAGGGGUCCCCCUUCUCAUAACUCUGAUUCUAAUUACAACUAUAAUACUGUUCAAUUGGGUCAUGGUAACAGCUCUGAAAAACAGCUGCAAUCACGGAGAAACUUGCCUAUCUCUGUUCGAGAAUGGCAGAUGAAUCCAUGGAUGCUGAGAGGAGGGCAAGCGUUUACUUUACAAAACCAUGACUGACUGUGUCAUACUGACAGCAUGAGAUGAUCUGCAGUAAUCAACAGAAGGACCCGAGGUCCUGCUGCACUUUUUUGGAGCUGCCCUCAAAUUCAGACCUCAGCACUACCCAGUAACAUCAUCCUUGCUAUGACUCAGCCUGGACAGCAGCUCCUACCCACAUAGAGGUCACUUUACCUCUCUUUCUAUCUGCUUUGGUCCAGAGGAUGCUGGGAAUGUGUCGCGGGCGCCGGAAGUUCCUGGUGGCCUCCCUCGCCCUGCUCUUCAUCCCAGCACUUACGUGGCUUUACCUGUCAGUCGGGAGCUUUCAAGUGAAGCCCCUCCCUCUUUCUCCAUUGGAAGCCCUGUCAUCCACCCCGGUGGGCGGAGCCGGUGAACGACAGGCCUUAGAGUUGCGGGUUCGGGUGGUGGAGGAAGAGAACCGGGCGCUGCGCCGAGAACUUAGCCGUCCACCUAGGAGCCCAUCUGCACAGCUUCCGAGCAAUAAUCACCGUGGCAACCAAAGCCGAACACAUUCAGAGGAAGGCACAGGUGACAAUGAGAGCCAGAAAGCUGUUACAGUGGGUAAUAGCUCAGACUGUGUCCGACACCCAGUGGUGGAUAAGUGCGAGACCAUCCAUGUGGCCAUUGUAUGUGCAGGUUACAACGCAAGUCGAGAUGUGGUGACGCUGGUUAAAUCUGUCCUCUUCCACAGGCGGAAUCCCCUUCAUUUCCAUUUCAUCACAGACUCCAUUGCUCAGCAGAUCCUGUCCUCCUUGUUUCAUACAUGGAUGGUUCCUGCCGUCAGGGUGGACUUCUAUGACGCAGAUGAGCUGAAGUCCGAAGUCUCAUGGAUUCCUAACAAACAUUACUCUGGGAUUUAUGGGCUAAUGAAACUGGUACUGACAAAGACCCUGCCAUCAGAUCUACAGAGAGUCAUCGUUCUAGACACAGACAUCACCUUUGCCACUGACAUUGCUGAACUCUGGGCCGUCUUCCACAAGUUCAAAGGCCAGCAAGUUCUAGGUCUGGUAGAGAACCAGAGUGACUGGUAUCUGGGGAACCUGUGGAAGAACCAUCGACCCUGGCCAGCACUGGGCAGAGGCUUUAACACUGGGGUUAUUUUGCUCCUCCUGGAUCGUCUGCGAAAGCUCAGAUGGGAGCAGAUGUGGAGACUGACUGCAGAAAGGGAACUAAUGAGCAUGCUGUCCACUUCCUUGGCAGACCAGGAUAUCUUUAACGCAGUGAUCAAACAAAACCCGUUCCUGGUUCAUCAGCUGCCUUGCUUCUGGAACGUCCAGCUGUCUGAUCACACCCGUUCCGAAAAGUGCUACAAAGAUGUGUCCGACCUAAAGGUGAUCCACUGGAACUCUCCAAAGAAGUUGCGAGUAAAGAACAAGCAUGUGGAAUUCUUCCGGAAUCUCUAUCUUACCUUUCUGGAGUACGAUGGCAACCUUCUGCGACGAGAGCUGUUCGGCUGUCCCAGUGAGGCUGACCACAACAGUGAGAAUCUCCAGAAGACACUGUCAGAGCUGGAUGAAGAUGAUCCAUGCUACGAGUUUCGUCGAGAGCGAUUCACUGUCCAUCGAACACACCUCUACUUCCUGCACUAUGAGUAUAAACCCAGCUCUGACAACACAGAUGUCACUCUCGUCGCCCAGCUCUCUAUGGACAGGUGCUGGUUUACACCCACACUUACAGAAGCUACACAGGUGUGUUUAGUUCAAAGUGGGCAGAACAAUGAAGUGGAAGGCUUCCAGAGGUUUUAGAACAUUGAAAAUGUUAAGAAAAAACAUAUUAGAGCUGCUCCUGGUUAGAAAAAACCCCACAAUAAGCAGCUGUGUUGGCGAAUCUGUUGACUGAUGAAGAUCGAAGGAACAAACCUCUUAGGUAUGACAUUGGGGGAGAAAUAUAU